GCGACCUCACACUUCGGGUUUAGCGUCUCGACAGAAGACCCGGUUGCACCGAAGGCCGCGCGGGUGGAUUCUGGCAGAGCUCGGUGGGGAGGAGCGCGGCUUCCCGGAGGAGGCGGAGAGCGCCGGGCCGGCGCGCCUCGGCCAAUCAGCGUGCACACCGCCUGACAACUGGCCAAUCAGCGCGCGCGGAGCUCGGGAGCCCGAGCGGAUAAUACUAGGAAAGGGAGCCGAGGCCGGCGACUGCGGAGAGGGGCGCUGCGUCGCGCGCAGUUGCGUGCGCCCGCCGGCCCGGGAGGCAGGGAUCUGAACCAGGCCGGGGCGGCCCGAUCCUUCCCGCCCAGCCUGGAUCAGAGGAAGCCGAAAGCAGCCUCAACGAGUGGUCUCCGGGCCUCCAGCUGUCAGCCCGGAUUUCGUGGCAGGGUGUGGCGGCGCCGAUUUCUGUUUGCCAGCACAGCCGGCAGCCCAAGAGCCAGGUCCCAAGGCUGGAUAUUUUUUGCCUCGGCUGGUAGCGCUGGUCUCAGAGUCUUGGCGACUGAGCGUGGGCCCGAGCGAGGCGCCGCGCGCCAUGGCUGAGUGUCAGGCGGGCCCGGCGGCCGGGGACUGGGAGAUCGACGUGGAGAGCCUGGAGCUGGAGGAGGACGGCCGCGGGGCGCCGCUGCCCACGCCGCCCGGGCCCAGCCCGCCGCCGGCCGACGAGGACGACGAGGACGAGGACGAGGACGACGCGGAGGACGACGGCGACGGCGAGGACGCGGGCGCGUGCCCAGGGGUGCCGGGCCGGCCGGAGCAGCGAGGGGGCCCGCCGCCGAGGCCGCCCCCCGUGCCGCAGGCCUCGCCGCCCCGGGCCGGGCCCCCGGAGCGCUGCGCGAGCGCGGGCGGCAGCGCGGAGCCGCGCAAGCUGAGCCGCACGCCCAAGUGCGCGCGAUGCCGCAACCACGGCGUCGUGUCCUGCCUCAAGGGCCACAAGCGCUUCUGCCGCUGGCGCGACUGCCAGUGCGCCAACUGCCUGCUGGUGGUGGAGCGGCAGCGCGUCAUGGCCGCCCAGGUGGCGCUCCGGAGGCAGCAGGCCACCGAGGACAAGAAGGGACUUUCCGGGAAACAGAAUAAUUUCGAGCGCAAAGCCGUGUAUCAGAGGCAAGUCAGGGCACCCAGUUUGCUGGCCAAAAGCAUUUUAGAAGGCUACCGCCCCAUUCCCACAGAGACUUAUGUGGGAGGGAGCUUGCCUCUCCCUCCCCCGGUAAGUGACCGGAUGAGAAAAAGGCGGGCCUUUGCUGAUAAAGAGUUGGAGAACAUUAUGCUGGAGAGAGAAUAUAAAGAGAGGGAGAUGUUGGAAGCUUCCCAAGCUGCUGCCUUGUUCCUGCCCAACCGCAUGGUGCAUGGACCUGAAUACAACUCCUACAAAAGUGCCUACAGCCCCACCCCGGGGGAGCCGCCAAGCAAAGACUUCUGCAAUUUUUUGCCCACCUGCCUUGAUCUAACCAUGCAGUAUUCAGGGUCUGGGAAUAUGGAACUGAUUUCUUCCAAUGUCAGUGUGGCUGCCACUUACAGACAAUAUCCCUUGUCCUCGAGAUUUUUAGUUUGGCCCAAGUGUGGCUCCAUUAGCGACACCCUCCUCUACCAGCAGUGCCUGCUAAAUGCCACCACCUCAGUUCAAGCUCUGAAACCUGGGGCCAGCUGGGACCUGAAGGGAGUGCGAAUCCAGGAUGGACUCAGUGUGGAACACGACGUGAUGCCACCAAAAUUGGAAGGCUCUCUGGUGCUGCCUCACCCUUUGGAGGUCCAGACCUCAAGAAAUGAGCUUCAGGGACACCAGGCCGUCCCUGAGAGGUCUGCCUUCUCCCCACCCCGACGGAAUUUCUCUCCCAUUGUUGACACGGACUCCCUGGCAGCUCAAGGGCACGUCUUAACCAAGAUCAGCAAAGAAAGCACCAGCCACCCUCUGCCACUUAAACAUAAUCCAUUCCACUCACUAUUCCAGCAGACUGUUAAUGACAAAUCAGGUCCUGAGUUGAAAACACCAUUUGUCAAAGAGGCCUUUGAAGCGGCCCCUAAGAAACACAGAGAGCGUUUAGUCAAGGAGAACCAGAAGUACACAUUUACAAUAGAUAGAUGCGCAAAAGAUCUUUUCGUAGCCAAACAAGUUGGAACAAAACUCUCUGUGAAUGAACCACUGUCGUUUUCUGUUGAGUCUAUUCUUAAGAGGCCUUCGUCUGCCAUCACUCACGUCUCUCAGUGAAAGGCAGCUUAAACAGAAAGCUGGAUUUUCUGCAGUCUCAGACGGUUCUUACCAGUUGCUAAUUUUUUUUUUUAAGAAAAAAGAUGUUUGUAAAAGAAAUUUCUAAUGUGUAUGAUGAUGAUUUAAAAAAUUCUAUAUAUUCAUAUGCAUGUUCUUUUUCUCGCCGCGUAAAUAUAUUUAAACUUAAAGAUGGAAAUUACUUACGUGCAAAUUGGAAAGUUCCACGCUUUACACAGCAUUUCAAAAAGCAAUAAAAUUGACACUGUCUUCUAAAAGACCCAGUAUUUGCUGAAGUAAAUAGUUGGUUCUUUCUAGAUGAAAAAGCUAGUGUCUAUGAAAUGUGUUCUUUAUUUUUCUAUGAUUCUGUGUAUUUUCAGUUGCUCCUCGUGGUCUCUGGGGUCUACAGGAGAACCCUGAUAAAGCCUUAGUUUUGCAUUUUGGAAGGCAUGUAAAUUUAGCUAUUUAGGACUGAGGCAAAAAUAGCUUUAAGGAGAGCACAGGGCAGAAUUGUAUGUUUAUAGAAUCUUAAUUUCAUGAGAUUGGACAAAGUUGAAUUAAUUUGAAGAGAAAUCAAGUUUAAGAUCUCGUUUGUCUGAUGACAAGGGUUCUUGGAGUGGAUCUCUUCACCCUCUGGGUCCAAGUCUCGUUCCCUGGUGGGGAUGUGUAUGUGGGGCCUCAAGCUCCCUUUCUAGAUUGAACAUUCUAUGAUUUCAGGUUGCCAGGGGCCACAGAGCAGAUUCCCUUGGAAAGUGCAGUCAUUUCACAUCAUGGUGGCACGUGGUUGAACCCACUCUCAGCUCUCGUGUUACUUCACCGUUUCCUGGCGGCAUUUAGAGGCAGGCCCCAUUACAGCUCUCAGCUGGUUCCAGAGGAUCAGCUUUACGCCUGCCACGUUUUCACCAGUGUCGAGGUUUUCACUGUAGCUCUCCUUAGAUAAAAACAUUUACUAUUCAAAUUGCUUCAGCUGACAGUCGCUGAAGCCUGCAGAUGUUUAUCACAACAUGAGGGUGGCUUCUUGAUUCUGAAACCUUUCCUCCUUGUUUUGAAGUUCAUUAUUACCCUCUUGUUUUGCUCCACAAAACGUUAGCUGUUGUUCUAAAUGACUGAUAACAUGGGAGUCAGACAUUUAUGAAAGUAUUAAAUUCAUCCCUGAAGACCUCAUCUGUGGACCCCGUAUCAAGUUCUAAGAUGUUAUAGUUAUUUCAACACAGAAAAUCAAGCGCCAAAUAUGUCACCCUUAAUUUUGCCGUGGAGUGAAUUUUUACUUCUAACUCUCCUCUCAUUGGGUCACAAGAACACCAGGUGGGCAUGUGGCCUGGACCCAGAAAUUCGGUAGUUUCGAGAGUUUCUUUCUUGCUCUGGAAAAUAUUGGAAAUUGUUUAAAAAUGAUUUUGCUACUGAGGAGCUCAUGUAAACCUCCUGGGGUUCUCUGAAUUGUUGCUUAAAAUUAGCAUCAAUUUCAAAAACAACAAGCCAAACCUUAGAUUCAUUUUCAGUUUGUACUUGUAAAAUAAUAUUUGGCUUUGUUGAGUCAAAUUUAUUUAUUUUUACUGUUGCAAAAGCCAGAGUGAAUGGAAGUUUGCCAGAGAGAAAGAAAAUGAAAGCGGGCAGGGAUCCCAAGAACUGUUGAAAAUUAUCAUUAAGUGGAAAAACGUUUUCCAGCCACAAAUGCCCUGGUGUCAGAGACAGACACUAACUGCAGGCUCUCUGUCUCCCCGCCACCCCCCGUCAUCUCUGUUUUAUCUAUACAGUUAUUAAUUUUUAUCUUCCUAUCAGGAAUUUAUUUUCUAUGUCAAGUGUUAAGCGUAAACUUGGCAUUGAAUCUGCUGCAGAGGUAAUGAGGGAAACAUGUUAGAAUAAACCCACAGUAAAAAAAAAUUCCCAGAUUUUGAGAAGGCAUUGUCAAUCUAAACAUGGAUUUUCUCUUUUUCUUACUGUACUUUAGUGUUUUGAAUACAUCUAUUUGUCAAUUUUUUCCCUUUUGUGUUCAAUGAACAUUUUGAGGUGUCUUUUCUGUCCUCUCUAUAUAUCAUUUUAAUUGAUCUAUAUCAACUUAAUCUACAUAUCAAUUUAAUUCAUUAAGUGAACCCAGUUGGCUGUGGGUAUUGAUGGUUUUUCUCACACUACCAGUGACCAGAAUUUUAUUGUUCUUGAACAAUUAUGAGGGUCAGUACUCCCCUUGGCGAAUUUAUUACUGUGCUGUGCGUUAGUUCUGCCGUGUUGGUGAGUUCUUGGAAUUUCAAACCUACCAAAUCUACCAUCGGCCACUCAGUGAGAACUUCGUGCUAGGCUCUUUGCUGCUUUAAUCAUUUCACUUCUAUGAAGGCUAUUCAACUAUAUGGUUUUCAGAGGACGCUGUCAUCAAUAUAUUAAAUCAAACUUGUGCUUCCAUUUAAGCAUUUGCUAUGUUCAAGGCCGUAAAUAGAUUUGGCUUUUAUCAUUUUUAGAACGUAAAGAAUAGUAAAACGUGAGCUCCAGAUGCACUAAUGCUGCUUUAAUGACAUAUUUUUCUUCCAUCUCAACUGAUCAAAUGUUCUUAUUUUUUGCUCCGUUUGCAGUUCUGAAUAGUUUGUGGCAGUGCUUCUCAAUCUUUAAUGGACAAUGAAUCCCCCGAGAAUCUUGAUAAAUGAAAAUUCUGAUUCAGUGGGUCUGAGGUGGGCUUGAGAUUCUGGAUUUCUAACAAACUCCCAGGGGGUGCUGAUGCUGCUGGUCUUUAGACCACACUUGGAGCAAAAGUUUACAACAUUUCUAUCAUUUUGAUAGUCUUCUGUGGAUUUUGGGUCCUCAUGCAAUAGAGUUAUCAUGAAUAAUUUAAUAUACAUGAAUAAUUUAAAAAACAUUUUCCUCCAAACCCAUAGGCUGUACAACACCAAGAGUGAACCAUAAUGUAAACUAUGGACUUUGAAUGAUUAUGAUAUGUGAAUGAACGUUCAUCAGUUGUAACAAAUGCACCACUCUCAUGGGGGAUGUUAAUAAUGGGGGAGGAUAUGCAUGUGUUGGGGUAGGAGGAAAUGAGAAAUAUCUGUAUCUUCCCCUCACUUUUGCCAUGAACCUAAAACUAUUCCAAAAAAAUAAAAUCAGUUUAAAAAAUUCCCUUUCUUAUUUUAACCUCUGGUGGCCCAAGUAGGACAAGACCUAGGCAAAGUCAUGAAGU